AUGCCACAACUGAACCUUGACCAAUGAUUCUUAAUUCUCUCCUCCACAUGAUUAGUAUAUACCACAAUCCUCCAGCCAAAAAUUUCAUCUUAUUUAUCCACAAAUAACCCUGCCAACAAAGACAAUAAAGUAACCAACACAAACCCCUGAACCUGACCAUGAACUUAA